AUGCUGCACCUCUACCCCCUCCUCGCUAAACCCCUUUAUCGUGUCCUCCUCACAAAACCCCUUCACCACCGCCAAUUCUCAAGCACCACCCCAAACCACCUAAUACCCGCAAUCCUCUCCACAACCCACGACCUCCUAACAACCCUCCACACGAGCACGCACCUUCCCUACCACACCCUGAUCCCCCUCUCGGCAAUCUUCCUCCGCCUAACCAUAACAACCCCGCUAACGAUAUACUCCCGACGCCGCGCCCUCCGCACCCAACGUCUCCAACCGAUCCUAAGCGCGUACCAGCACCCCAUCGCCAGGGGUGCAAAGAGUGCUACUACCACGCCGCAGGCGUGGGAAUUAAAGACUCGCAAGGAAAUGCGCGAGAAGAGAAGGGAGCUGUGGAAGAGGUGGGGAUGUCAGGCUUGGAAGAUGCUGUUGGCUCCUGUCGUGCAAAUUCCAGUUUGGGUCGCAGCGAGCAUGACGUUGAGGGGGAUGACCGGGAUUGAAGGGUUGCCAACCUGGCUGAGGGGAUCGGGAGAGAUUGGUGGGGAAGCGUGGGUGGAGGAGGCGUUGGCGACGGAGGGCGCACUGUGGUUUGGGGAUUUGCUGAUUGCGGAUCCGUACUUGGCCUUGCCAAUGGGGUUCUCGUUCUUGCUGUUUGCGAAUAUUGAGCUACAAUCGAAACUGCACCCUCCAAGUACGCGGAAGCAAAGGGUUUUUACAAAUGUUCUCAGGAUACUGUCUCUCGCCGCCUUCCCUCUUACCGCAAAUGCUCCGGCAGCGUUGACCCUCUAUUGGAGCACGUCCGCCAUGUUCUCGCUUGUCCAGAACAUCAUUCUAGCAAAGGUCAUGCCGAGAGGGGAUGAGUUGGAACCAUGUAAAUUCCAGGACCCAUACAGCGUUGGCGACAAGGUUAGAGAAUAGAGGGUAGGAUUGGAAUUUAUAUCUGGUAUCUAUGUAGACUACCUACUCCGCCAAACCGAGAAUGCAUAGAUAAAAAAA